AUUUUGACCAAUCAGAUUUGUGGCCUUCUCAUGAGAUUUCUGUUCAUCGGUCCACAGACUAAUGUUACAUAGAACAAAUAAUAUUAAAGACAGUAUCGGACAGUAAUAAUUAGCAAUUAUUCCAUGAUUUAUAAAUCAUCUAAAUAGAAUUGUAUGUAAUAUUUCAUAGAAAUACAAAAUCAGCGAAGAGAAAUGAGUGGUAAUGACAGGUAUAUAACAUGCCCAUUUAAUGAGGCACAUCAUAUACUAAGAGCUCAGUUUCAGACGCAUUUAGUCAAAUGCAGUAAAAAUUAUCCAAUGCAUAUGAAAGAUGUAUGCCCUUUUGAUGCGACACAUCGGUUGGUUCCAGAAGAGUUUAAGCAUCAUCUUAGAGUAUGUCCAAGUAGAGGAAAUGUGCAGUAUUAUCAAAACAUAUUGGGACCAGAACAAGCACGUGAUGUAUAGACUACUGUGAAUGAUAUAGAGGAUUGGUCCUUCUGAUUAUGAGGAUGACUAAUAAGACUUCAGUAUUUCUAUUAUGACAGUAAUGAUAAGAUAUCAUUAAAAAAUCAGCUGCAUAAUCGCCAUACGAUUUUGACAAACAUUUUGUUUUAUGGUUUUGUUAUUAAGUAAAAUGAUAAGAUAUCGUUAAAAAAUCAGCUGCAAAAUCGUCAUACGAUUUUGACAAACAUUUUUUUAUGGUUUUGUUAUUAGAUAAAAUGAUAAGAUAUCAUUAAAAAAUCAGCUGCAUAAUCGCCAUACGAUUUUGACAAACAUUUUGUUUUAUGGUUUUGUUAUUAAGUAAAAUGAUAAAAUAUCGUUAAAAAAUUAGCUGCAUAAUCGCCAUACGAUUUUGACAAACAUUUUGUUUUAUGGUUUUGUUAUUAAGUAAAAUGAUAAAAUAUCGUUAAAAAAUUAGCUGCAUAAUCGCCAUACGAUUUUGACAAACAUUUUCUUUUAUGGUUUUGUUAUUAGAUAAAAAUACUUAUUUUGUUUUAUGAUACUUGAUUAUUGAUAAAUUGCAGCUAAACGAAGUAUGCAUAUAAUACAAAAAGAUAUAAUUCUUUUCCAGUAAUUAUAUAAGAUACAUUUGGGUAAUUACUAUAGUAUCUUUAAGACUAUAAGUUCAUAGAGGAUUUCAGGUCCUUAUUUUUAUAUUAAUAAUUUCAUGUGAGCACAUAUGUAAGAAUUUAUAAUAAAAUUAAAUGUCACACAA